CGCGCCCGCGCCUGCACAGACCCUCUCCGCUUACAAUUUCCCCGUGAAUGGAAACUCUUAUUCCCGCGCAGGCCGCAGGAGGGCACUGUGCCCGCGCUGCCCACUCGGACGGCAGCUGGAAUCCCCUCGCGCCGCACGUGUCUCGGGAAGGGGGAGGCCAGACGCCAACGCGGAAUGUCACCUGGAGACAACGGUGGCGGCUGUUGGGGCGUUUGUGUGUGUUUGGGGGGAGAGGCGCUGAGGUGUGGAUGCCGGACGCAAGUGCAGCAGCCGAAGCGUCGGGGCGAUGAAGGCGGAACGAGGGGAAGGAGGGGGGGGGUGGAAAUGCUAUAAAAAUAACUCAACGAGGCACAUGCACACUUCGGCGAAACGUCCCAGUCUGAGUAAGGGGCGAACGAGGAUGGGAGGCGUCCGGCGCUAGGGGCAGCAACGGCUCGGCUCUUUUGCAAAGGGACGGGGGGGGGGGAGACGGAGUAAAAUGCCGUUAUCCUUCCACCCCACCCCGCCUGGUCCACUUCUAGCAUCUCCCCUAAAGAAGGGCAGAGGAAAGGGACGAAGUUCUGCUGCCCAACUUUGCAUCGCUGGCCUGGACGUCCGGCGAGCGUGACUCUCAGCAUGUCUGUCAAUGGGAGCGGGCCAUUGAAUGGCUCAGGGCCGCAGGACCAGCUCACCUUGGACAGGCCCCCUUGGGUGGCUUCCACCUUGGCCGUGAUCCUUAUCUUCACCAUCGUGGUGGACCUGCUGGGCAACCUGCUGGUGAUCCUGUCCGUGUAUAGGAACAAGAAGCUGAGGAACGCUGGAAAUGUUUUUGUGAUCAACUUAGCUAUCGCCGAUCUGAUCGUAGCUAUCUACCCAUAUCCUCUGAUCUUGACAUCUCUCUUUCAUAAUGGCUGGAAUCUAGGAUAUAUACACUGCCAACUCAGUGGAUUUCUUAUGGGCCUGAGUGUGAUUGGAUCUAUUUUCAACAUUACAGGCAUUGCUAUAAAUCGAUAUUGUUACAUCUGCCACAGCCUCAAGUAUAACAAGUUGUACAGUGAAAAGAAUUCUGUCUGCUAUGUCAUUCUAAUCUGGGUUUUGACUUUUGUUGCCAUUGUGCCAAACUUUUUUGUUGGAUCCCUUCAGUAUGAUGCUAGGAUUUAUUCAUGUACUUUCUCUCAGUCAGUGAGCUCCACAUACACCGUAGCAGUGGUCUUUUUUCAUUUCAUUCUUCCAAUAACCAUAGUGACAUUUUGUUACCUGAGAAUAUGGAUCCUCGUUAUCCAGGUACGGAGAAGAGUUAAACCUGACUACAAACCUAAACUAAAGCCACAUGAUUUCCGGAACUUUAUCACCAUGUUUGUAGUCUUUGUACUGUUUGCGGUCUGCUGGGCUCCAUUGAAUUUCAUUGGCCUUGCAGUGGCUGUCAGUCCGGAAAUGAUAAUUACCAAGAUUCCAGAGUGGCUGUUUGUUUCCAGUUACUACAUGGCAUACUUCAAUAGCUGCCUUAAUGCUAUCAUUUAUGGACUUCUAAAUCAGAACUUCCGUCGAGAAUACAAACGAAUACUUAGGACAAUUUGUACAAGAAAAGUUUUCUUCCAGGACAGUUCUAAUGAUGUUCCAGAAAGGAUAAAAAGCAAGCCCUCACCCCUGCUCACACAAAACAAUUUAGUGAGAGUUGGCUCAGUAUGAAGGGAGAGAUCUAGUUACUAACAAUUACUAAAUAUUAUGUUACAUGACACCCAAGUAUUAAAUCCACGUACUAGCCCCGUUCUUCAACUUCUGUUACAAUACAUGGAAACUUACAUGUAUAUACUGUAUGCGUUUAGAUAAGAUUAUAUGUAUAACAUUUUGGAACCAAGCUAAUAAUUACAUAUUCUAUUAUCACAUUAUGUAUGAAGUUACACACAGCAGGCAUGAUUUCAACAAAGAUACUUGAAAACCAUUGACAAUAGCUAAGAAAAUAUGUCAGUUACCCUUGACAUUGAUUAGAUAAUUUCCAGUAAUUCAGUGACAUCACAAAUGUAUAUUGCACUCCUACACAAGUCUUCUCUAAUGUAAGAUCACUGAAGUCAUAAAGGCUUAUAGUUGGGUACAUGAAGGUAUAGAAUUGUAGCUUUGGGUUAUUAACAGAAUUCUAAAAUAAUUCCCUGUAAAUUACUUGUGUAAUUUAGAUUAGCCCCAAAAUGGAUUAAAACAAAUCAGCUCAUUACUUUGAUUUCCUAUGCUUAUCACAGCCUCUUCCAACAUUCAGCAGCAAGCAGUGUAGCUUGCCAUCCCUAGAAGAGAUUCUGUCAGUACACACAGUUUUUCCAUGGAUGCCUCUAUGUGGAGAAUUACAUGUAGAGGAAGUUUAAAAAAUGAGAUUGUGAGAUUUAGUUGCUUCUUUGCCUCAACCAAAAGAACAUUAUAAAACCAAAAGAACAUUAUAAUUAUAUGGCUCCAAAUUUAUUUUUGUCACCAAUAAUUUGGAGGCACAUCUUAGAACCAGAAAAGCUUUUGAUAUGAAGCUUCCUUUGAUCUGCCUAAGACAAACUACAAGA